GGUCAGUGAGGAUCCGGACAGGCGAGAUAAAAAAAGAGGCGUAUUUGCUGAUAACUAUUGGCCAGUUUUUGAGCGUUUAUUCAACUAGUAUGGCUACUUUAUUUUCCAAAGAGCUGAGUAAAUGUGUGUAGACUUGGUUUAAAUGGAUAGCUUAAAAUGAACCGUUAGCUUGUCUACCUGUGUAAGAAAGCUGUUCGGAGCCACCGUUAUCUAGAGUAACCCUCCACUGUUUUUCGAUGGUUUUACGUGCCCUGUGGCGUUUUCUGAAUAACAAACCAUGUAACUUAUUUUCUGUACACAAACAGACAAAUUGUUUUUCAGUAUUCAGUUUGUUUUUUGCAUAUAGCAUGCUUUAUAAACUACUUAUCCACGUCCAUUGUACUUCGCUAUUAUUAAUUCAGUCUUGCAAGUCUUCGCGUGCCUAAAUAAGUUGGUUAAUAAGUAUAAAGUUUUCUAAAUAAUUAAAAUAUAUUUUUACUGUCUAGUGUACCGCUAUACUUUGCGGUGGCUGUUUGAAUUUGAACGUAAUUGUUGUAAUCGCCAAACUGAGGUCUUCAAAAGCAGUGAGGAGUUUGGUGUUACUUGGUUGUCAAUAUAAGUUGUUGCGCUUCCUUUAAAUAACACCAGAACUGCGUUGUACCGUUAUAGAAGCGUGAGCUACCUUUUUCCUGCGUGCGUGCGUGCGCGUGCGUGCGUGUGCGUGCGUGUGACGCGGGAGAUUCGCACCGCCCCGCGUAGGCUACCGGAGCCAUCACCGUGUCUACCUGAACGAUGAGCGGAAAAAGAACGGCGCAAGCUAAUGCAUUGUAUAACGGCUAAACCUCCGCUUCUUGUCUUCGGAACAGUUGAAGCACAAACCUUGGGAAGGAACUGUCGCCCGAAAUCCGUUCCUAUUAUUAGGAGCGAAAAAACGAGGCGCGUGCACGGUGCAGCAAAUGGCAACUUGUACAGCGAGAAGUUAUUCAAAUGUGUCAGAAGCAGCUUCAGAUUCGGAUGAUGAUGAUAAACUUCACAUUGUGGAGGAAGACAGUAUUCCUGACACUUUGGAGGAAAAGCCCACAGUAUUUCAGCUCAGUGCAGCACAGCAACUACACAAAGGGCACACAUUGAAUGAUGGCAACCUGGGGCCAGAUGCUUUAGUACAAGAAAUAAGGGUGAAAGAGGAGUGUUUAACUGAUGAAGAGAAUGAAGAAGAUCGGGUGAAUGAAGCCCCAUGGCAGGGGAAAACAGGCAUUGUUUGUCCAGACAUUCCAGAAGAAGAACAGAGCAUACCAGAAAGAGGAGUCCAUGAUGAGAAUGGUACACCUGAUGAAUUUUCUCAACUUCACUCAUGUCCAUACUGCUCCCGAGGUUACAAGCGUCACACAUCGCUGAAGGAACACAUCAAACUGCGUCAUGAGAAAAGCAAGGAUGAUUUCAAUUGCUCCCUCUGCAGCUACACUUUCACCUAUCGCACACAGCUUGACCGACAUAUGAAUGCCCACAAAAAUGGAAGAGAGGAGAGGAUGGUUUCACAUUCAGGAGGAAACAGAAAGUUUAAAUGCACAGUGUGUUCUAAAGCCUUUAAAUAUAAGCAUCACCUAAAGGAACACCUUCGCAUUCACAGCGGUGAAAAACCAUAUGAAUGCUCUCACUGUAAGAAGCGCUUUUCCCACUCCGGCUCCUACAGUUCUCACAUCAGCAGUAAGAAGUGUGUAGCAAUUGCACCUGCUGCAAAUGGCUUGUCUAACACUCCUGUAGUCAAAGCAAAUGUGAAUUGCCCUGCACGUAUCCUCUUGCGGGAGAACGUUGAUAUUGAUAACAAGCCUUUAGAGGAACAGCUGCCUCCUAAGAAGAUUAAAGAAGAGCAUGAAAUGAAACCUAUCAGGACUACAUCGGUUGUAACUACAACCACCACUACCAGUACUUCUAAUAAUGGCAAUGGAAUUUCUGUUCAAACAGCUGCUCCACAGAGUGUGGUACAAACAUUAGUGCUACCUACUGUGGGUCUUGUUCAACCAAUUAGCAUCAACCUACGAGACCUCCAGAACAUGCUGAAAGUGGCAGUGGAUGGGAACAUGAUAUGGCAAGCUGUGGCUAGCUCAAAUGCUAAUGGAGCUAGUAGUAAAGUUGUUAAUGAAGGGCAGCCACAAGCACAAACAAUGCUUAUGCAGUCUCCCCAUCCCCAUUUGCAGUUGAUUUCUGCUAUAUCUCUCCCUGUGCUAGAUCAGGAUGGAAAUUCCAAAAUUAUCGUAAACUAUAGUGUAGACUCACAAGACAUAAAUACAGCACAGUUGGCAUUGCCACCUCAAACUACAGCCCAAAUAAAAGUGCAGCAACCAAGUAUGGCAUCACCAGAAGUAGGAAAGAUGAAUUCAACACAAAAUCUAAAGGUGGUACAAACUAACUCAACACAGCCAAAUUUCACUCCAACCCAAAAAACACCCACUUCCAGAUCUGUACCUGCACACAUACGUAUACUAAAAUCCACACAGUCAGUUGCUCCAAAAAAAGCAGCAUCUAUAAUUAGGGUCACAAAGCUGGUCCCUGGACAGGCUAAGCAUACACAGCCAGCAAUGUUGCUUCUAAGAACAGUCAGUGAUUCUCAGGGCCUGUUGGUGAGACAUUUGGCAGCUGUGAAUCCACAACCACAAGUAACUCCACCUGUAGGAACUACAGAUAUGAAAACAACUCCAGAAUAUACUGUCAUGGCAGCAGAACACAAGUCACUCAUUGAACUAAACCAGGUUACAGAAGAGACCAAGGGACAACAGUUCUGUAGUGACAACUGCCAACCUGAAGACCUGAGGCCUGCUUUGCGACAGAGAAUUCAGUUGAAAACCGAAAUUGAGUCUGAGAUUAAGACAGAUUCUGAAGAAGUUUCACAAAUAGAAAGCAAAAAGGAGAGAAUAAGGAAAGAGGAAAUUAUUACAUUGAGUCAUUCAACAACGCCUCACAGAAGUGUUGUUUGUGGUGAUGGAUUUCAUAAUUAUGCUACAUGUCUAUUUUGUGACAACAGCCCCAGCAGCACUGGUAUCUUGAAUUGUCUCAGCAGCAGUGAACAAGAUUCUGACAGGUCUCUCUCUUCUUUGUUGGGAGUUGAAGACAAUGGAAGUGCCAUUCAGCCUCCAGUAAAGAGUCUCCUUCCUCUUCUUGAGGCAUACAACAAAGACUCACAACCCAGUGAAGAGCAGUUGUCCCAAGUUGCAGGUCUGGCCAGUUUGCCAGUGGAUGUGGUUAGUAGAUGGUUUCACAGAAUGCGCUUAAAAAACAUACUACUCUCUCAAGCUGGAAAUACCCAAAAUAGGCAACAGACUGUGGCAAACUCUGAACCAGUGCCAAGUAUGGAUACCAAAAGCCAAAACUUAGACACUCCAACUGAGGCUCACUUUGAAAAAGCAGUGGGCCAGAACAUUGAUCAUCCUCCUCUAAACCUUUCUACAAAUGACCCUAGUAUCAUAAAGGUGGAGGCUUUAGAAGAGAAAGGACAAGCUGAACCUUUGGACCUUUCAUUCCCAAAGUCCUGUUGUAAUGGCAACACCUCGGUCACCUUUGCAGUGUCUGGCACCAAGCCAUCAGGUCCCACCCAAGAAGAACCGCUUAAUCUAACAUGUUUCAAGAAGGAUACAUUAGAUGGCAACACCAUUUAUGUGACGCAAUCCACUAAAAGUCCGAUAAACAUCAUAGCCACACCUUUACCUACUCUGGUUGCCAUCGCAGAGCCUGGUGGACUUUCCUGCCUCAGAGCGGCCAUUUCCACUAAACAGCGUGCCAUCCUCAUUCCCCAGCUGUCCUACACAUACAGUUCCCCUUACACCAAUGGCAAAGUUAACCACACCACUUCCUCUAGCUCUGAGGCUAGCACCAUUACCACAAUACCGUCCAUAGACACACAGAGAAAAGUAUUCAAUGGCUGUCAGGAGAAGACUGAUGCUGGAGAUGAAUCAAUGUCUGGGUGUGAGGGGCUCAAUGACAGCAGCCUCUCCCCCAACAAGAAGAGGAGGAAGAUUCAUGGUGGCCAGUAUAUAUGUGAUCUAUGUGACAAAAUUUUCCAGAAGAGUAGUUCUUUACUUCGUCAUAAAUAUGAGCAUACAGGGGGCAACAGGAUGGAGCAAGCAUGUCAGAAAAAAAGAAUGGGUAAACGUCCUCAUGAGUGUGGAGUCUGUAAAAAGGCAUUUAAACACAAGCACCACCUAAUUGAGCACUCACGUCUACACUCUGGCGAGAAACCAUACCAGUGUGAUAAAUGUGGCAAACGGUUCUCGCAUUCUGGCUCCUAUUCCCAACACAUGAACCAUCGCUACUCCUACUGCAGGAAGGAGGUUUAUGACCAGCCAGAGCCAAAUAAUACUUCAUCUACACCUCCCUCACAACUUGACUCGGAUGAGAGGGAGAGCGAAGCUGAGGAGGAGAUAGAUGACGAUGAAGACCCAAAACGUGAAAAAGACGAAGAUUUUUCAGAAUUUGACAUGAGUGACAUAAGAGUGGUCAGGGUUGGUGAGGAAUAUGAUGACGAGGAGGAGGAGGAAGAGUUGGGGGGUGAGAAAAAACAGGUGGAAGAAGAGGACCCACUGGGGUUGGAAGUAAUGAAGACUUCAGGAAUAGAAGACAUGAUGAACAGCAAAAUAGAGGAUGAAAUACGGAAACCAAUGGAGAAUGAUGUGUUUGUUACUGUAGAAAACAAAUAAUAAUGAUAAUUUCUCUUUAGUAAAUCUAUACUGCUCUAUGAAAGAUUUGAAGGUUUGAAGAGCCCUUAGCUGAAUGAAGACAGCAGUCUCUACUUUAUAGGGAUGAUUUUGAGUUAUUAAUUUACUGUGUAUGUAUCACAGGUGUGCCUGAUCCACAAAUCACAGCAGCCUGUAAACUAGCUAUAUAACAAAUCAGAAAUUGAGAAAUUUCAUUAACCAGAUACAACUAAAGGUUUUACUGAACCUCAACCUCCAGUUGUUUAUUGUUACUGGUGACUUUUUUGUUGUUUCUUCAUCUGCAGGUGACAUUUCUACACAUUUUUAUUGCCAGUGAAAUUUUCUAAAUUAGUAUUUUAUCAAUAUUUUAGUACUUCUUUUAGAUAAAAACUAGGAUACACUUUAAGUACAUUUAAAAUUUUAUUUAUGGACUCAAUGCCUCAAGUAAUUACCAUUCAGUAUUUAAUUCUAAUUAGGCCAGCCAGUGUUAGCUUAGCAUCCUUGCUUUUGUGUCUAUAGGAAAGAAAAAAGUUUGCACUUACAGAUAAUGGUGUCCUCUAUAAAGAAAAAAAGCAAUUGAUACAUGUAAUGCAUAAAAAGGCUAAAUUAUGAAAUUGUUAAUAAUUCAUACUUUUAUUAUAAAUAUGAAUAUUAUGGAUUUUUUGUUUAAAAUAUGUAUUCAGUUGUAAUUUUAUGUAAACACUUCUAAUUGCAGAAACCUGCAAAAAAGAAAAAAAUUGGACAAUGUUUAAAUUGUAAUAAGGCACUGUAAGAUGUUCAUGUAGUAUUUUGGAAAAUAACGGAACAUAUUGGAGCAGCUUAAACACUUAAGUCAGGAAUUGUAUGUGUCACAAAUUCAAAACCAGUGUUAGCUCUUUUUCUCCUUUACAGAAUUAAUAUUCAAGAUUGAAUUAAAUGCCCAGCGAAGUCUGUGUUUGAGUAUCAAUAAAAAUACAGCUUUAAUUAUAUAUCAUUCUCCUCAGAACAUAUCGUUAGAGAGAGAAAAAAUGAUAACACUUGUUUAUUUACCAUUUGUACUGUCAUUAACCAUCAUUUUUGAAGUCAUUUAUAAAAGUGUUUAAAUAAUGUGAACCAUUAGAAUAACAUUUGCAGUUAUAUAAGAACACAUUGUUUCUAUCUUAGAAUUAGUGACUUCUUAAUGUGUUAAUUUGUGAUAGAUGAACAACGGAAGGGUCUUGGGAACCCCUCAUCAUCCUUAUGCAAGACCGCCAAGCUGUAUGUGCCAUUCAUUCCUACUGAUUCCUUAAUCCAUAAACAAAUCCUUUGUUAAAGACAAUUUAUGAAUAUAUAUUAAAACUUGCAUAAAUUUGUUGUAUUGGAAACCAAACAGACAGUGAUUUGGAAUCUUGGCAUCAAGAUAUGACUCUAAUGUAUUUUUCCCCCUCUGCAAUAACAUCCAUAAUUAUGCUCAGCUAUUACAAGCUUAGUAAUUUACCUGAGGAUAAUUUCAGAUGUUUCAGAAGUAUAUAAAUAUAUAAAUCAAAACUAAUUGGUAAGAAGUGGAACAAAGCCACUGGUGCCCAAAAACUGCUUUGGAGAUAGAAAGCAGUCAGAAUAAGUUAUAGGAAAAGGAGGACAUGAAAAUCUAUGGGUGAAAGAAAACAUUCAAGUAAAGGAAGGAGUGCACUUGAUUUAAGAGACAAUAGGAAGUGAUGUAUGUUUGAUUUGUUGUUUUAACCAUUACUCAUUACAGUAUUAUUCAUUGUGAAGUAUUAUUUCUAAAUAUGUGUUUACAUCAAUGCACAUGUAUAUUGUGUAUUUUUAUCAGUAUUAAAAUAUCAAUAACA